GGGGAAACAAAAACAGUUGAUGCAGUUAGAAUAAUAUGGGAUAUAUUUUCAAGAAGUAGAAAUCUGAUGUGGCGUUUAUUUAAUUGGUAUAUCUGGUGAGAGAUGAAAACAUCGCUAUAGUCUGAUGGAUGGCCAGACGUGUGCUCUCCCGAAUCAUUCUCCUCUGUCUGUGUCUGACACUUGUGGGAGUGUUUUUACUGGCCGUGUACCCACUGCGUGAUGUGGCGUGCUUGUGUAGGCAGGACACUGGGGCAGGGCUGCCGGGAGAUCAAGUUGUUGUGCCACCCAGUGGCCAUAAGACCAAUACAAGUGCACACACCACAGACAUUCAGUCAAGUGGAUCUCAUUCUCUGGCCAUCAUUGUUCCUCUGCGAGAUCGAUUUGAGGAGCUGAUGGAAUUUGUGUCGCACAUGAAGCAAUUCUUGUCGGCACAAAAUAUCAAGUAUACGAUUUAUGCCAUGAAUCAGAUAGACAGCUACAGAUUCAAUAGAGCAUCAUUGAUCAAUGCUGGAUUCCUGGAAUCUCGGACAGCAUGUGAUUACAUCGCAAUGCACGAUGUUGACUUACUUCCGCUGAAUCCUGACCUCAGCUACGCAUACCCAGAGGAAGGGCCAUUCCACAUAGCCGCGCCCAGUCUCCACCCUCUUUACCACUACAAGACUUUUGUGGGCGGAAUACUGCUCAUUAGUCGCAAACAGUUCGAACUGCUGAACGGGAUGUCUAACAGAUACUGGGGUUGGGGUCGGGAAGAUGACGAGUUCUACGUCAGGAUGAAGAAAAAAGGGAUUAAGAUUCGCCGGCCCAUGAAUAUAACAACUGGUUAUAAGACGUUCCACCACGUUCAUGAUAGACAAAGACGACCACGUGACCAGAAGAGAUACUUUGAUCAAAUUGAGAAAACACGACGUCUGGACAGGGAGACUGGAGCGAGCACUGUGAAAUAUCAAGUUGUCAGUCAGCGACUCCUCACUGUCGAUGGGGCACCCGUCACCGUGUUAAACAUCAGGCUGGAGUGUGACCUUGACCUUACUCCUUGGUGUCUAAACCCAGAAGACCAACCAGCAUAUUUGAAAAUGAAAAAAAAGUCGUAGAAACAACAGUUUAAAAGUCCCAGCUGUCAGUGUUAAUAACUGAGAUUGAAAAGGUGUUGAAAUCCAUUUUUGCUUCCAUUGAACAACGAACUUAUCAAAUGUUAAGUGGAGGUCAGCAACGGGAAGGUGGACCAGCCCUGGCGGUUUUAAGGAUCGUACAUUGUAGAUGCCAAGUUCGCAUCCUAUGAGAGUGUGGCACGUACGACUCACUGGGUUGGUAUAUAACCAAUAUAUUACCUCUGUAUCACUGACAGCCCAGUUAGUUCAUCAAGAUUAAGCUCGCGUGCAUGCACAACAGCGAGGUUUAUCCUGCCUAGCCAUUAAGCCAUUAGCAUUUCUGAACGGUUCCGAGGAAUUUUGCUCGGAACGAAUUGCGGUCAAAAUAACGACUACCAUCACGUUUUCACACACUAAUCGUGUAUUGUGAUCUAUUUCAAGCUCAUGGAGACCAAGAAAUACUUACUUUGAAAUGAUCUUCACUUUGAAUUAAAGGAAAAGAAAUGCUAAUGAUUUAAUGGCUAGGCAGGAUAAACCUCGCCGUUGUGUUUGCAUGCGAGGUUAAUCUUGAUGAACUAACAGCUCAGUUAGCUGAAAAUGUGUCAUCGACAAUAACCUUAAACAGUAAAAUAAAAAUAAAUGAUCAAAGUGACAUACUCUAGUAUUUAAACACUACGGCAUAUUUUUCACUAUUAGAGCCAUUUCUAAUCAUUGAAAUCAAACAUUACUUAGAUAUUAUUAUUUAGAUUAUCCAUUUCCAUACAUCCAAAGUGUUUCUCGUUAUCCCAGUGUUUUUAAUACCAAAAAAUAAUUUUUUCAUCUUUUUAAAAAUUCAUGUACCUCAUGUACCUGGUUAUGGAAUCGAGCUUUACUUUAUUUUUAAAGUGUAUUUAUACUUUUCAUCAUCACAGACUCUUGUUUUUCUCUAUUGUAACUUUAUAAAAAUGUGUUACAGGUUUGUAGAUUAAGCACAUUUAGUGUUCAUUUUCACAAGUUGAAACUUGGGUCGGCAACUUUACAAGGAAGGUUAGAUGAAUUGUUGUGUUUAGUUCUGGCAAAAAAGGAUGUUGGACAACUCCGUGUAAUUUGCUUGUUAAACUUACUGUUAUAGCUGCUUCCAUGUGGCAGCUGGUGAUAACUUGAAGACAUUAUUUAUUUUGUAUAUCUUUUAAUACAGAGCCAGAGUUCAAAAUAUGUACAUCAAAAUAAUUUGUUUAUUUUUCCACUACAUUUUUAAUAAUUUUGUUAUAUUACAUGAUCUUCUUUUUAUCAGUGUCCAUUUUUACCUAGUCAUCCUAACCCCCCCCCCCCCCACCCCCCACCCCCUUCCCUUGUCAAUAGAUUAUGUACCCUUGAUAGCACGGUGAAUUGUAAUGUUGGUUAAAUUACUGUGACUAUAUAUCUGUAUAUUAAAUUAAUAUAAUGUUGUUAAAGUAGUGAUAUAUUAUAAUGCUAAUGUACAUAUGAUGUAUAUAAUUUGUUCAUGUUUUUUUUAGGAGGGUUGAAUAUCAAAAUGUCAAUCUAGUUUAUGUCUUCCUGUUUUUUAUUAAUAAGAUUUUUAUGUUUUGUUGAUUGGUCCUUAUAGAAAACACAAAUGCUAUUUGGUCACAUGGAUUAUCUUUGUGUCUUUUCAUCUUAAAUGUUAACUUUAUAUCUAGAGAAUACUAAAUGAGUGGCUAUUACUAUUAGAUACCCUUUAUCUAAAAAUUGUUUGUAAACGUAUCCAACUAUCAAAAGCAAACAUGGGUCACAGAGUAAUCAGUUUCAGCUUAACUUAUAUAAGUCACAGAUUAAUCAAUUUUGAUAGUGCUUUUUUUUUCAUUGGAUUGUAUGUUUAUGGCACCAGGGUCAUCACCUAGGAGCAGCCAGUCAUAUGUCUUUAAAUCGGUAACAUGUGUAUGCUAUCAUAAAUAACAAUGAUGUUCUCAAGAGUGUAAGAAAUUAAAGUAAAGUUAAAACAAGAAGAAAAAAAGUUUUGCCAAGUUGUCAUUCCAGGUCAAAUAUGGUAUUUGUGCUCCAGGAAAUCAUUUUAGGUAAACUGAUAAACUUUUGUUGAUUGAUGUAUUUGAUGAAAUUUUUUAAUAUUCGGUCUGGUGUGUAUUCAUUUUGUUUUCAACAGUAUUGCAGGUUUCAUUUAUGUAUGUCAUGUUGCAAAUGUCUAAUGAAUGCAUUUAGAUCAAAUUGAAACCACCCAGUUUCCUUGAACCCUUGAUUGGGAGGGGGGGGGGGGGGGGGGGGGGGUGUCAUUCAACAAUUAUGUAACAUAAUUAGGCAUUUUAUACAUCCUUCUCCCCACAUUUAUUAUAUUGUAAUGUAGAUACCCCCUAAAAAUGUAAUUGCUUUGUCAGUACCCCCCUCCCUGACACCCCAUACACACACAUUGGGAUGAUCUAUGGAUGAUUCUGAGGCUUAUGAAGCAGUUGUCCAGCUUGGAGAGGCAUAUUCCAUAGUGGGUAUUUUAGUUCUCGUGUACACUUGCUCGAGGAUUUUGCUGUUUGCACCCAUUAGUUCCAGCAAUUUUCUUCAUUAGUAACAGUUUUCUUACAUCUCAAAUCUCUGUGGCUUCCUUGUCAAGUUUUCCCUGCCAGGUGUGUAUCCUAUACUAGUCCAAGGAAAGUGGGUGGAUCUACUUGUACUGGUUGUUUAAACAUGACUUUCUUGUCAGUACAGAGGGUCAAAGGGUAAAAGAAUGUUGAAACGUCUGUGGUUAUACUGAAUUCCCCACUCUUUUUUUUUCUUCUAGUCAUUUACCUUGUUAAUGGUGAGUUGGAUUCUGUAAGUUGAUGUUGAUGAAUGAUCAGAGGAUCUCCAACUCUGUAAGGCCAUUAGCAUGCAGGGUGUUCGAGACUUGCUUUCGUUUGAUUGUUGUCACGUCAUUUAGGUUUGUUUAGGUUGGUAAUAAAUAAUUGAUAAAAAUCAUUUGUUAAAGAACAAAACAGCAAUCACUGCAUGUAUCACUGAAUUUUAUUUUUAAAGUCUGUGGCAGACUUGUUGGAUCUAUAUUCCCUUGCAACAUCCAGUCCUUUUAUUUCAUCCAGGGAACACUGCCAUUCAUAGUUGGCAAAUGUCCUGUCAUGCUUUGCCAUCAUGUCCACUGUCCUAAAUUUAAUUUUGAGUUUAUCAAAUACCAAUUUAUGCAGUUUUGCAAGCAUUUUGCUGGCCAUUAAUGUCAUUACUGGCUUGAAGCUGUUAUAAUGGCCAGUUUCUUUUUAGUGGGAAGCAAUGUCUUUGUGAGCUUUUACUGGUAUCAGCUGAGAGCUGCACGACUCUGCUGCUAAACUUCCUGUGUUCGCAUGUCCAUGCUUAUUGGCCCUGCAAUAUGCACAAUGCAUCAACCUGGUGUUGGCCAUCAUAUUCUAACCAUGGUUAAAUAUAAUUUGCAAAAAUACUUGUGUAACUUCCUAGGCAAGUACCAUGGUCCAUAUGUUUAAAGGUAUAAAAAUUGUAUCUCAGUGCUACGAUAUCGUAAUACCAUCGUAAUCUAUGGUGUGUGCUGUAGUGAUAUCAUAGCCUACAGUGGGUUUAAAAUUAUCAUAGUGCUAAGAUAGCUUUGAAAAUCUCUAUCUAUGUCUGUAUUUAGCAUGGCAGGACUUUUGUGUGGGUUUUUUUUUGUACAUAAUAAGUCUUCUCUUUUUUCUUCGGUUUUUUAACCGUGUACAUGUACAUUCUUUUUAAAUUUGAUCUUAAUACAACUCUACAUUUAUGGUAAAUAAAAACAUAUUGACAUGUAUACAUCAGCCCAAUACUGAACUGACAGUUAUUUUGAUAGGGGUGAAGAGUCUUAAAAACCGUAACACCGAGCUCAAAUAACUUUUUUAAUUCAAAUGGCAUCAAUACAAUUUUAUUUUAUUUUUCAAUACAAUAAUAAUAAACUCACAUAUUUUUAUCAAAAGAAAAAAUUCAUAAAAACGUUAUGUUACUCAAUUUCGAGAUGUCACUGAAUUUGAAGUUGUUUGCAGUCAUCCUGAAAAUGGCCAACCAACAAAUAUUGGAAGUGUAGUUGGACCACACAUUGUUUUAGUGCUAAAGGGAGAUUAUUGGCAAAUGUCUCCCAUUCUUUGUCAUAACACAAAUUUUCAAAAUGAAUGUCGAGAGGGAUUAAGAUAAAACAGAUAAAAAUCAAAAUGUUGUAGAAAUCAAACCUUUUUUUCAUUAUUAUUAUUUUGUACAAGCUGGAGACCUUUUCCUGUUUGUUUUUUCCAGGAUUAAUAUAAUUAGCCAGUUUAGAAUUACCAGAUCAGUGUGAAUUACAGUAGAAAUGUAUGUCAUAAAUACUGAAAAGUACCCUAUUGAAUGUCGUAAAUGUAUCAUGAAUUAUUGAAAAGUACACACUACAUACCUGUAAGCCUUACAGUGCCAGGUAUAUGUUAUGAUGAAUUAUUGAAAAGUACACACUACAUACCUGUAAGCCUUACAGUGCCAGGUAUAUGUUAUGAUGAAUUAUUGAAAAGUACACACUACAUACCUGUAAGCCUUACAGUGCAAGGUAUAUGUUAUGAUGAAUUGUUGAAAAGUACACACUACAUACCUGUAAGCCUUACAGUGCCAGGUAUAUGUUAUGAUGAAUUGUUGAAAAGUACACACUACAUACCUGUAAGCCUUACAGUGCCAGGUAUAUGUUAUGAUGAAUUAUUACAGUACUGCAUGCAUGUUAUCAAUUAUUAUAGACCUGCAUGUAUGUAAUGAAGUAAAACGAUACACUAGAUUACAUGUAUAUGUAUGCCAUGAUUUACUGAAGAAUGCGCCAAAUCAUAAUUAUUAUUGAAUACUACACUAAAUGUGUUAUGAAUUGUUAGUGAUGCAUUAUAUACUAAAAUGAUAGAAGAGUAUGUGAUAAAUCAAUAGUGUUUUAAUAACAGCUUUCUCAUAGGACUACGUGUGUAUCACACAUUAAUGGGAUUACUCACUUCUUACAACUCACUCUGCAGUCUUAUCUUAGUUCACAACUUAUAGAAGUUUGUUUUGUUUAACGACACCACUAGAGCACAUUGAUUAAUUGAUCAUCAGCUAUUGGAUGUCAAAUAUUUGGUAAUUCUGACUCGUAGUCAUUAUAGGAAACCUGCUACAUUUUGCUAA